GCGUGACGUCAGCGGGUGCGUUGUUGCAGAGUCACUGCGACGGUUCGACUGUAAACAAGCCGAGGACAGAGAAACGUCUCGAACUGACUCCGAAUGUCUGCGCUGUUAUCUCCGUUAGUUCAUCACGGCUCGUAUUCAUCCGUGUCCGAUUCAAUGUAACCGUCCGUGCUCACUCUCCCCCCGAAGGAACAGAUCUCGUUGUCCCGGAGAAAGAGUCGCUCAAAAACGUUCAGACCCUGAAGCUAGCUUAGCUUAGCGUAGCUCUAGAUAGCCUACCUGGCUAACCAACAUCUGAGGGCCCGUUCAGAGGAAAAGCUCCUCUAUGCCCUGGGCACCUCUCUCCCUUCACCGUGACUGGGAUAUCCUGAACCCUGGGUGGCUGGUCAGAGCGGCCUCCUCCCACCAUGGAGGCAGGAGGGAAGGACUGUGAGGAGGAGACGCUGCAGAUGGCAUUCAAGAAGCUGAGGGUUGAUGCUGAGAGUUUGCCCGGAGCUGUGAGUGUUUCGGAGGCGGUAACUUCCAGAGCAACAUCGCGAGCUUGUCUCGACUCAAGCGGAGCGAAGCCCAAACUCGGCUGCCCGAAAGACAACUGGCACAGCUGCAUGAGGAAAACUUCCAGAGGAGCAUCCAGAACACAGCGCCGUCGCAGGUCCAAGUCGCCCAUCCUCCACCCACCGAAGUUCACCUACUGCAGCACCUCCGGAGCGUCUGCACUCUCGCCCCCUAGUGGUUGCCCGAAGCACCAGCGCUUGGCCGCGCCUGAGCCUGCCCCACCUCGUCCGGCAGCAGACGGACUAGCCGCCUCGCCCGUGGCCAUCCCGGUCCCAAAAGAGCACUCCUCUCCAGGCUCACCCGGGCAUGUCCCCACUCUGGUUUUUGGAUCCUGUGCUGCUUAUGAGACACAUAUUAGAAGCGUGGCUUCCCCACAGUCCUCACAAGAGAUCCCCACUAUCAUCACCGCUACGUCCGGGCUGGCCGGAGGAAAGUCGAGUGAGGACAGCAGCCCGCAGAGCAGCGAAACCAGAACGGGAACAUCCCCGAGAUCCAGACCGGCAGAGGCUGCUGACUUCCGAGCUCUGUCCGAACUCCACAGUGGCAGGUCUGCCGAGGGUCCCCACGCCGCCUGUUCCUGUGCCCAGAGAAGCAGCUCAGAGUCUCAAGAGGACGACAAGCAGGGGGUCGAGUGUCAGUGCCAUCGUCAAGGGUGGCACGGUGUGGAAGUCUACUCCUUCACGGGGCUCCGCAACGUCAUAUCGGAGUGUGAGAGGAGCCUGCCGAGCAGCGAGGAAGCAUCCAGAACUCUCAGCUGUAACGCGGCAGCGUCUCCGGCGCUGUCGUCAGGCUCCCCUCGCUCCUGCUCAGAGCAGGCGCGCGCCUACGUGGAUGACAUCACAAUAGAGGACCUUUCUGGCUACAUGGAGUAUUAUUUAUACAUCCCCAAAAAGAUGUCGCACAUGGCUGAGAUGAUGUACACUUAGAGUCAGAUUUAUUAUUACCACUAUUAUUAUGUCAGAUAAGGAAAAUGAUAAGACCGUAACAAGGGUAUUUUUUUCUGUCGAUGAAAGAAAAGUUGGCCUUGGAGGAAAGUAGGAAAGGUGCUUGUAGAAGGAAGAGUUAGGAAUAAAAGUUUCAUUUAAAUGGACAAAGGUUGGCCACAACAUUAGAACCACUCAUAGGUGAGAUCCACAUGUUAAGUUGUGACGUUCUGUUAAUCCACGUCUGUUAUAUUCCCAUGCUCUGUUACAGCAGCAAAACAAAACAGCUCCUGGCCCGAUCGAGGGUCUGUGGGAGCCCAAUUCACAGAGGCCCCUGAGCCCAUAGGAACCAGCCCCGGGGGCCACAGGCUGCCGUUUCAAAGCUGGUCCAAGCACAUCCUGCUAGCGCUCUGCUAGCAUUAACUUUAACCCACCUUUCUGGAGGUGGAGCCGGGGGGCUGGAGGCUUUUCCAGCUGACAUAGGGCCAGAGGCAGGUCUGUCACAGGGCUAAUGCACAGAGACAGGUUGCUGUUUUUCUCAUGAAAUUCUCAUAAAUUUGCAUGAAGAUUAAACGUUAUUCUGAAUAAUUGUCAUACAUUCAGUAUAAGUUUGGUUUAGUGGGUCAGUGACACAGUGUCAGCCUGUAAACCCACAACCAGAGGUGCACGGCUGCCCGCUGUGCCUGCAGUAGGGGAGGGUGUGACUUUUGAAUGUUAGAAAAAUCAUUAAGUUAUAAAAAUUCAACUUUUUUUUGUCUUUCUUUUUUCUUCGGGUGAGUGAAAGGACACAUACCUACAAAUGUAGAAAAAAAUUUGAUACUAACUACAAGACGGUGAGAUUAAUGUGACAAAAAUAAUCCAGAAAUGAGGCCCAGAGCCUUCGACUGCACUUCAAACGUGUUGAAGUGGAUUAUAUUUGAAUCCAACGUGUUUUGAUAGCACACUCUCUCAGAUUUGUUUAAAGAUGCUUCGUAUCCAGUAACUCUGAUAACCAGAAGCUGUCGUAUUUUGGAGCCUGACUGUCGGCAGGUGUGCAGACCGUGUCAGGCAGGCGGCUUUAAUGUUGUGGCUGAUGGCCACAGAAUAGACUAACCCACGUUUAAUGUUUCUGUUUGUCUUUCUGUGAUUUUUACUAAAUCUGACAGAAACUCGUCACAGCCAGCUGUUUCGCUUUAGUUUCGCCUUUCUCUUUGUUUGUGCCCUGUGGAUCACUUUUCUUUCUUUGUUUUCGGUUUACAAAUGAAGUUGCCAAAGCUCCUGGUGCUGGGUCUUGCAGAAGACAGGAACACGCAAACUUGUCAUGCCAAGUGUGAUUCUGUUUUUGGUGUUUGUGGCGACUUCAGGAGUCGCCCGUCUGGAUUUAAUUUCACUCAAUAAAGAAGUAAAAAAUGGAGAA